AUGGGGAUCAUCUCCAUGUUGACUUUCCAAGAAAACAAAGAUGUUGAUCCGAACCAUGGACGACGCACUGCUCUUCUGAUUGAAGACGCCAAUCCUGGAUCCCCCAGCAAGCCACCCAUCUCCACAGACUCCAAUGCAGUCCAACGGGUCAUACGUCAAAUCCACGGCAUCGGCCCUUCUGGAAUGCGCGUGGUCGACGAGAAGGUCCCUCGUCUCUCAUCAGUACAUGCGGCACUGGGCCAGGCACCCUCGCUCACGACUGGUCCCGACGGGCCUCUUGGUUCUGGUGGCGGCACUUUACCGAAAGACGUUGCGCGGGGCCAGGAUUAUCACGUUGGGUCACGCUCGAGGGAGGGAAAUAUCUAG